UACUCAACCCAAUAUGACAACAUCAAACAGUUGCUUAAGUAUGGUCGCAUAAGUGUCUGCGGCUGCUUAGAGAACAAAGCAAAACAAUUUAAAAUCAAUAAGUACAAAGGUCUGUCAAAUUCCAGCAAAGCUAUUGAUUCAUCGAGAAGACAUAAAUAAAUAAAUAUUGUUUAUUCCCUAUGAAAUAUGUAGUUUCCCAUCAUCAACUAUACAUGCGCAAUGUUCAGUGAACUCCACCUUCAUAAAAAGGUGAAGUUGACCAAUCUGAGGUGAUAAAAUACACCAAAUAAAACCAGGCUCACUCAGAAUCUGCACACCCAGAAUACCUCUGAAAACUGCAGGUUUUGCAUGUUAUUCACACAGUGUCACCGCAUUUUAUCUAAUCAUGCGUUCAGUAACCAAUGUGCUACUAGUCCCAUUUAAGUACAUUCUAGAUUAAAAAAUGAUUAAGUAAUAUUUUUACUAAAAAUCAUCACAGAACAUAAAAACUCAAACAGUUGAUCUACUAUACAGAAAGAAAGAAAAACAUUCUGCACUUUAAAAGUCGAGUUAUUUGACCUAAAAUAAGUCUAGUUUUAGUAGAAAAAAAAAUCUGUGUCAAACAUUAUAAUUAUAACCUACUACUAUAAUUAAAAGAUUAAAACACAUGUAAACUGAUUGUCUGCACACGUGACUGCUGAUUUGUCAGGCGAUGGCGCUGCUUCUCCUCUGUGACGUUAUUGUUUCAGAAGUUCUACUUUAUUCAUCUGUUCUGCAAAAGAACAGCUAAAAUUCUAAAAUUCUAGUUGCAGUGGGUCUAAUUUUUGUCGGUUUGUUAUUAAAAUCAGUUUACAAAUUACAGCUUAUUUCUUUUUGGUGAAGAGCAUGGCCUCUGGGAACGUGAUGAAAACAGAGGUGUCAGUCGCUGCUUCUUUCAUCAGCGGUUUACUGAGCAGCAGCGACUCUCUGACUGGAGAUCAGCUGCAGAUCUUCACUCACACUCUCACUGAUGCUCUGCUGGAGCACUAUCAGCACCAUUGGUUUCCUCAAGCUCCCUGCAGAGGCUCUGGGUACAGAUGUUUACGGAUCAACCAUAAAAUGGACCCGCUUAUAGGAAAAGCAGCCUCUGCUGUUGGAUUUACACAAGAGCAGCUUUUCUCAUCACUUCCAGCAGAGCUGACACUGUGGGUGGACCCUUACGAGGUGUCCUAUCGGAUCGGUGAGGAUGGAUCCACUUGUGGUCUCUACAAGUCCUCACCGUUACGGCCUAAAAGUGCCACCUCAGCAGAUACAUCAGCCCACAGGAAGGAGAAACUAAAAACCAGACGAUCGAAUCGAUCAAAAAGGUUCGACGUCAUGGAGAGGUCUCUGUCAUGAGAGAUUUCGAAACCCUCCAUCUGUGUAAAUUUUGCACUUGUUUAAAACAUUAAAGAAUACACUAAAUGUGGAACAUAAAUGUUACAUCUUACAUACGUUCACAAGCACAAAGAUCAUGAUGAUUUCAUAUUUGAUCAUGGAUGAUGUGCAGUCUUUUCAUCAAAACUGUAUUGAU